AGCUAAAACGUCCGUGAAGAAACAGGAACCGUCUCCUGUGUCGUUGGACGUCAACUGAUGACAGCCCUGUGAGAAAGAAAAUAAAACGAAACAAAUCCUUGCGCUUUGUUUUUGUGACCAGUGCUCCCUGACCAAGACCAGUUGUGCCAGGACAGUAGGGCACACAUCAGACACCUCAUGGCUGCCAGGCACCAGAGACCUGUGGCUGCUUCAGACAGCUCAGCGAGGACCAGUGAGAAGAAGUGCUCUUGGGCUUCCUACAUGACCAAUUCUCCAACUAUGAUCGUGAUGAUCGGAUUGCCCGCUAGGGGGAAAACCUAUAUGUCCAAGAAGCUCACACGCUACCUCAACUGGAUUGGAGUACCAACAAAGGUUUUUAAUCUCGGAGUGUAUAGGAGAAACGCAGUGAAGUCGUACAAGUCCUAUGACUUCUUCAGACAUGACAAUAAAGAAGCAAUGGAAAUUAGAAAAAAGUGUGCCAUAGUGGCACUUACGGAUGUGAAGACCUAUCUGAGUGAGGAGGGAGGGCAGAUUGCUGUUUUCGACGCCACCAACACCACCAGAGAGAGGAGAGAACUCAUCCUUAAUUUUGCAAAAGAUAAUGCAUAUAAGGUGUUUUUUGUUGAAUCAGUAUGUGACGAUCCAGAUGUCAUCGCUGAAAACAUUAUGGACGUGAAGGUGUCCAGCCCAGAUUAUCCUGAGAGGGACAGAGAAAGCGUCAUGGGGGAUUUUCUGAAGAGAAUCGAGUGUUAUAAAGUGACCUACCAACCUUUAGAUCCAGACGAACACGACAAGAACCUGUCCUUCAUCCAGGUCAUCAACGUUGGCCGUAGCUUCUUGGUCAACAGGGUGCAGGAUUACAUUCAAAGUAAGAUAGUCUACUACCUCAUGAACAUCCACGUCCACUCCCACUCCAUCUACCUCUGCCGACACGGAGAGAGCCAUCACAAUGUGGAAGGACGUAUAGGGGGAGACUCUGAACUGUCAGAGAGAGGAAAAGAGUGUGCAGCUGCACUGAAGAGGUUUGUGAAAGAGCAUAAAUUGUCGGACUUGAAAGUUUGGACCAGCCAGCUAAGACGCACCAUUCAGACAGCAGAGGAGCUGGGUAUUCCCUAUGAACAGUGGAAGAUUCUCAAUGAAAUAGAUGCUGGAGUGUGUGAAGAAAUGACCUAUAAGAUGAUUGAGGAAAAAUACCCAGAGGAGUAUGCUAUGAGAGACCAGGACAAGUAUCAUUACCGCUACCCUGGAGGAGAGUCCUAUCAGGACCUGGUUCAGCGGCUGGAGCCAGUGAUCAUGGAGCUGGAGCGACAGGCCAAUGUUCUGGUCAUCUGUCAUCAGGCUGUCAUGCGCUGCUUGCUCGCCUAUUUUCUGGACAAAGGCGCAGAUGACCUGCCCUUCUUGAAGUGCCCCCUACACACUGUCCUAAAACUCACCCCUGUGGCGUAUGGUUGUAAAGUGGAUGUAUUUGACCUGGGGGUGGAGGCUGUCAACACUCACAGGGAUAGACCAUUAAAUAAAGGCCAAACAGAUGCCAUACCACCAGCUUUCCUUCGAAGAAACAGCUUCACACCGCUGUCCAGCCAAGACCAGAUUAAACGACCUCGUCUUUACAGUGUGGGGAACCAUUCACAUACUCGUAUGUCCCAGGCCCCUACUUUACCCAGCAUGCAAUUCUCUGAGGCAUCUGAAGGGUCAGAAACGGUACAAAGUGAGAACUCUCUGAAUGGUUUCACUGGUGCAGACACAGAUGACUGUGUGGAGUUUAAAAACAGAAGUGCAUAAAAAGGCUUUUCUCGACAAGUCCACUACUGACCAGCACGGACCAGCAGAAAGAAACCCAAAAAGCUUCAGCCGUUAUGAUUUUAAGCAUGGACUUGCAAGUUAGAGCAUGUGUGUACAUAAAUGAACUCAGUGAAUGUGUGAUCCAUUCAAAUAUACAAAUCAAACGCUUGUACCAAAGACACUCUCAAAACCAUCCAUUAGUUUCUAGCACGCUCCAUAUAAUGUUGCAGAUUACAGUCAUGGUGUGCUUUAUUAGAUGUCGAAUAUGCUGAUUGUGAAAUUUAUACCUCAACCUUUUUUCUUCAGUGUAGUAUAAGAGAAUUUCUGUCUUGAAGGAAGCCAUGUGCAGCCUUAUUUUGUGCUUAGAUUGUUUCACUUUUAAUUUUAAGGUCACUUAGUAAUGUGCAUUCUCCCUCUGACAACAUGUAGCAAUAAAUGUAUUGUGAGGUGCAAUUUAGGUAUGCAGAAGUGCGAUUUAGUUUUCAGGGGGAAGACAUAAGCUGUAAAUAUUAAUGACAUGUUUCGUCUAGCCCUAUAAAAAGUGCAGGAUCUACUGUGUGUCGACUUUAAUCUGUGAUAGUUAUUUAAUCUUCUCUCUUGAGAUGUGUACUUCUUCUUUUAUUUUGUCUUCCAUAUAAAUAACAGCUUUGAUCAUGUAAAGCUGCUCACCUUUGAACUGCAUAAAAUUAAUGCAGAUUUUCUAAACACAAAGAGGUUACUUGUACAGCAGUAUUGGAUGUUAUGUUGGUUUGUAAUGCUUUAGAUUUCGUCACGGGGAAAAACAAAUCAGGGCCUUUGUAGUGCUACCUUUACUGUCCAUAUGGAACGACAAGAUUGAAAAGGGUCAUUUAGGAAAGUACCUUUAUUUACAGGAAUAUAGGCUUUGACCCAGGUAAUCAAAGAUAUGAUAUGCAAAAUUGUUUCCUUGAAUGGAAGGAAAUGGAAUUGACGACACAUUUGAAUGUCUUAAAAUGAACUUGUAGCUAAUGUAGCUGCACACAUUUUACCAAAGUUAACUGUACACUGUUUUUACACAGACUGUCAUUUGUAUUUAAGACUGACUUGGAAAAAAAGUCUUUAUUCCAGUAAAGAAAUCUGUGCAAUCUCAGUGGGAGUAACCUUCCUGUUUGCUAAACUCCAGAGACAUGCAUCGACAGAGUUGAAUGAGGGAGUGAUCUAAGGACAAAUCUAAAUCUGGGAAUGAGAUACAUUUUGAUUGAAAUGUAACAUUUGGAUGAUGCAAACCUGAUAUCUUGCUUUUGUGACACAGCUUUUCACUGCGUGGUCUGUUCUGCUUCUACUGUAAUGAUAAUGUUUUCUAACAUGUAAAUCCAGCAGUUUUGUUUCAGAGUUCUAUAGAAAAAUUAGCUCUGUGCAGCACAUUUAGCUCUGAAUUGUGACUUGUUUUUGUUCUUAUUUUAAAUAAAUCCCAACUUAUUUGAUUUAUGA